GGUCACUCUAUCAUGGUUACCACUGUCAGUUUGCUCUCCUGCGCAACGGCAAUAAAACGGAAGGAGCUGCCGAGAGCCAAGCGAAUCCUCGUUAUCAAAUUGUGCUGUGAUCAUCUCUUGACAUUCGAUUUAUUUAGUAAUAAAUUUGAAUAAUUUCCCGAGGAUGUCGACGUCAAGUUUCCGAGUGUUUCUCAAAGUUCUGACGUUGCUGGUCGUCAACAUCAAUGCGCAAUAUCAAAGCUCGCGGACGGAAUGCAGAGUUGACGGUCAACCAGGCAAAUGUAUAAACGCGCGUGACUGUACCUUGGUGGCCAACAUCCUGCAGCAAUCACGGGAGCAGGCCAUCAACUAUUUGAGACAAAAUCACUGCGGUUUCGACGGUUCGAACCCAUUGAUAUGCUGCAUCAAUAGCACGAACGUCGAAACCCGUCCGGGUAGCUCUCUAGUGAACCCCGGAACUACCCAGACUUCCUAUGCGGAAACCACCCCGACUGAGAUUCGAGUAAAUUUAGCCAACAAUCCGUUACUGCCAGAAGAGUGUGGCAUUGAUCUGUCGCAGAAGCUUCUCGGAGGUGAACGCACCGAACUCAACGAGUUCCCCUGGAUGGCACUGUUGGAAUAUCAAAAACCCAACGGAAGAACGACGGCGUGCGGCGGUGUCCUGAUCAGUAAGCGUUACGUCCUCACUGCUGCUCAUUGUAUCAAAGGCAAGGAUCUACCAACCACUUGGCGCUUGACCGGCGUCCGGUUGGGUGAAUAUGACACCGAUACCGAGAGGGACUGCGUGCCGGACGGCGAUGAUACUAUAGUGUGUGCUGACGAUCCGAUAACCGUGGGCGUGGAGGAGAAGAUCGCCCACGAGGAAUACCGGCCGCAGUCGCGGGAUCAACGUUACGAUAUUGCGCUGUUGCGUCUCAGCCACGAUGUGCAAUUCACCACUUACAUUAAAGCAAUCUGCCUGCCAUCGUCCAGCGCAUCGCUCAACGGCAAGCUUUUCGUAGCCGGUUGGGGCAAGACGGAGAACCGCUCGGCCUCGAACGUCAAACUGAAGCUGGGUUUGCCGUUGGCGGAUAUGGAGCAAUGCGACCAGACCUACAACAUCGCCGGGGUUCGACUGGGCUAUGGGCAAAUUUGCGCGGGCGGCCAGAGAGGCAAGGACUCUUGUCGCGGUGACUCGGGUGGUCCCCUGAUGGCCGUCGAGAGGCUCCCCAAUGGUGACGGCAGGUGGACAGCCGUGGGUGUUGUAUCCUUCGGACCGUCGCCAUGCGGUAUGCAAGGAUGGCCUGGUGUGUACACGAAAGUGAUGGACUUUGUUCCUUGGAUUCUUAGUAAAAUGAGGCCGUAAAGCGAGACGUCAUUUACGAAGGAAAUUAUUUCCUGAUCAUCAAUAACAAUAUUUUUGUAAAACGUGCAGAAUUGAAAUUAUAUGAAUCAUUACACGAACCAAUGUGCUUUCGCACAUUAGUAAUCUGAAUUGCGUCCUUUGGUAGGAUUAAUUUGUCCACAUACAUUUAUAUGUUAUUAAAAUAAUACAUAUUAAAUGUUUAUCAAAAAUGUCUAUCUGGAAAAAAUUGAUAAACCAAGUACAGUAAAAAAGAUUUCAAAUUCUAAUGAAGAAAAAAAUAAAAUUAUUUACAUUGUCAUUAUGUAGUAAUGAUCAAGUAUAUUUUUCUCUUCCUUAAAUUUAGUGUUCAAUUUAAUGUUAAAGGAUGGUGCAAUAGCUUUGUUGCUGAAUAAAGAAACAUCAAUAGU